AUGUUGCCACAGAUUUCCAUGAGGAUGCUGCCUGUUUUAGUGGCUCUGCUGGAGGUGUGUCAGACAGUGAGCGCCUGGGAACAGUCGUACUACUUGACCAACAUAGCUACGAAUAAUUUCCCCGGAAGAGUGGUCGUUACCGAUCUGAAAAUCGUUGGCCGAGACCGCCGCCUCAAUGGGACUCUGACGUUCCUCGAGGAUCUGUAUGACCAUCACAAGUUCACGCUGGAGCUGUACUCAAGCUCGGGCAUUGGGGUAUACAAGCCAUUGCCCAUGGAGGUGACCGCCAGGUCCUUCUGUGCUGUCAUCCGAACAUAUUACCACAAAUACAUCAAGAACUCACUGCAAACGGGCGUCAACACGAGCUUUGACUUCAAGGACGGAAAUUUGUUUAUGGUUCCCAACGGUACGUAUUGGAUUAAAGAUGUUUUAUUUAACACGAAAGACUGGGCCGCCAUCCUGCCCAGGGGACUGAUGAAGGCCAAGUUGGAUAUCUUGGAUAACAACGAUCAGGUCGGCGGGGUUGAGAUUAUUGUGGACAUUAAGGAUAAGACCUUUUAA